AUGAAUAAGCUUCCUUCGCUUAAAGAAUUACAUUUAUUGAGUUGUAAACUUGUUCAGUUUGCUCCUCUAGAUCACGUCAAUUUCACUUCUCUCUCAGUUCUUGACAUUUCGUGGAACAACUUCAAGUCUUUCCUACCCAAAUGGAUAUCAAAUCUCAGUAGUCUUGUUUCACUUGAUCUAAGUUAUAAUCAUUUUCAAGGUCCAAUUCCGUGUGCUCUUCAAAACAUGUCAGCCCUUUCAUAUCUUCACCUAACAAGCUCAGGUUUCAAUUCUUCAACCAUACCCAGUUGUCUCUACACUCUCCACAAUCUUCAACAUUUGACCCUUCGUAAUCUUGGCUUAAAUGGGGGAAUCUCAAAUAAUAUUGCCAACCUAACAAAUCUUGUUUCGAUCGACCUUUCCAACAAUGAGCUGGAUGGAAGAAUACCAAGAUUGAUAGGAAACCUUUGCAAUUUGGAAAAAAUCAAUCUUUCCGGCAAUAAACUUGCUGAAAAUAUAUCAGAAAUCUUUGAGAGCUUCUCUGGUUGUCUCAUGGAUAGUUUGAUUUCAUUGGAUUUGUCGUAUAAUAAAAUUUCAAGUCAUUUGACGGAUAAAAUUGUAAAACUAAGAAAUUUGUCGUUCAUUGACCUUUCUAUAAACUCGAUCACUGGUCCUAUUCCAGAGUCCAUAGGAAAUUUAUCUUCAUUAACAAUGCUAUACAUUCAAUACAAUAAAAUAAGCGGAACUCUUCCAAAGAGUAUGGGAUUGCUAUCAAGUUUGCAAGUACUUAGAAUAUCUGAUAAUCACUUGGAAGGCAAUGUAUUGGAGGAUCACUUUGCAAAUCUAGCAAAUCUAAAGAUUUUGGAAAUGGAUGAUAAUAAUUUCACAUUGAAUUUUGCAACAGAAUGGAUUCCCCCUUUUAAUCUUUACGAAAUAAGGCUGAGAUCUUGCAUCGUAGGACCCCAAUUCCCCAAAUGGCUCAAAUCCCAAAAAAAGUUAAGUUGGGUUGAUCUCUCUAAUGCUAAACUUUCAGACACCGUUCCAGAUUGGUUUUGGAGUUGGUCUUCACAGUGUAUUUACCUGAAUCUCUCUCACAACCAACUCUAUGGAACACUUCCUCAUAUUCUUUUCACGGGUAAUAUCUCAAUCAUGGACCUUCGCUCCAAUCUUUUCCAUGGUUCAUUGCCUCGUUUAGUAUCCUCCCCUGCUCAGCUUGAUCUUUCAAACAAUUUCUUCUCUGGAAACAUUACCCAUUUCCUAUGUCGUUCUCAGUUCUUAGGGAUCUCUGUUCUUCAUCUUGGUAACAAUUUUUUAUCAGGAAACAUUCCAAACUGCUGGGAGAAUUGGGAAUCACUACAAGUUCUAAGCUUGGACAACAAUAAUUUGUCUGGCAUGAUACCAACCUCCAUGGGGUCUCUAACCAUAUUAGUAUCGUUGCAUUUACGAAACAACAGCCUUUCCGGAGUGAUUCCUCGGGCUCUUCAGAGUUGCUUGGAGUUGAGAGCUUUAGAUCUCAGUCUAAAUGCCUUCCAUGGAAAAAUACCAGCAUGGAUUGGGAUGAGCCUAUUGAAACUAAUGACUCUCAACCUUGGGAACAAUGAGAUAAGUGGCCUAAUCCCGAAGGAACUUUGUCAUCUUUCAUAUCUUCAAAUCAUGGACAUCAGCAAUAACAACUUAAGUGGGUCUAUACCUCAUUGUUUUGGCAAUUUUACGUCCAUGGCUACCAAGAGGGACCUAUCACAACGUUUUCAUUUUAUCUUUAACAAAGGCUACGCUAUCGCGAUUCUCGAGAAUGCAUAUGUGAGAACUAAAGGAAGCGAGCUCUAUUAUGAUACCAUCUUGGCACUCAUGACUAGCAUCGACCUCUCUAACAACAACUUAUCCGGAGAAAUCCCUGAAGAAAUCACCAACCUCUUUGCACUGAGGUCUCUCAAUCUCUCAAUAAACCAUCUAAGAGGAACCAUCCCAGACAGAAUCGGAGGCAUGAAGGAUUUGGAGUCUCUUGAUCUCUCAAGGAACCAACUCUGGGGACGAAUACCACCGUCCAUGUCGGAGUUAUCGUUCCUAAGUUACUUGAAUUUGUCUUACAAUAACUUGUCGGGUCCAAUUCCGACAGGUACUCAGCUCCAAAGGUUUACUCCGUUUAGCUUUAUUGGCAAUGAGCUGUGUGGAGAUCCAUUAAACAAGAGCUGCGGAAUGGAGGGUGUCACCCCAAAAUUUGGGAAUGAAAAUGGAAAAGAAAGUGAGGGAGGAAGUAUUAUUGAUGGGUGGUUUUAUCUGAGCAUGGGAAUUGGGUUUGUGUUUGGGUUUUGGGGGAUUUGGGGUCCAUUGUUACUCAGUAAGGCUUGGAGAGUAAAGUACUUCUUGUCUGUAUGCCACAAACUCGCAUAG